CCCCCCAGUGUUCCAUCACCAUCGGCCUUUUGUGAGCUUUGAACCUUGAGUUGAAUACCCCGACUUUCAGCACAAGCUAUCAAAAACCAGCGACUCAGUCUGCGCCAAUCAAGGCCUAUACAUGCGACUUUCAUGCUACGGCCACAUAUCGAAGCGACCUCUGAUUUAACUUGAGGGCCUUCGAUCUCUUGUAUUGACCCUUUGGCGAAAGCCUGCUCCUGUUCUUCCCUACCCACGCCAGCAAGAUUAUUCUCCUUCAAGCCGACCGAUGUCGCAAACACCAUGGCGGACUCGGAAGAAACCCUACACAUUGCUGAUUCGGGCGAGCCUGAUGUGGACAUGGAAGGUGGAGAUGAGCCUGUAGAUGUCGAGGACGACACACCACAUGCUGGCGCAGCCGCAGAACCUGAACAUGCCUCCGACUCCAACUCAGUCAACCCUCAAACAAUUUUCCUCGAUUACCUACAAUCUCCAAUCGUCCGCAUCAUCGUCGGAACCGACGACACAGAGACCACCCUGACGGCCCACAGAGCCAUUCUUGAGCAGUCCCCUUGGAUCAAAGAAUCAUUAUCCAGUCAAUCAGAUGACAAUCUUGUGCUCAAUCUCCCUGACGAAACCCUAGACGCCGUGGGCUGCUUUUUGCAGUAUCAAUACACGGGUGAAUACUUUCCCAGACGACUCCCCAAUAUUCCAGACGGUCUUGAGCCCGAUCCUUCUAUUCCUGCCGUCGAUGACACGGGCGAUCAACUACUUAAACACGCUCGUGUCUACACAUUGGCAGAGAAGCUGCAACUGCCCGAACUCAAGGUCCUGGCACAUUCCAAGAUCCAUCGCAUCAAUUCCACUGCGGUGGGCGAGAUCGCCUAUGCUCGGUUCGUCUACGGCAACACCCCUGCACAUGACACCAUCAUUCGCAAACCGGUUGCGGCCUUCUGGGCUACGCGAUCUCAUGUGUUACGGCAUGAAGCUGAAGAUGAAUUCAAGUCAAUGUGUUUGGAAUUCCCUCAAUUUGGUUUCGACGUUUUGAGCCUGGUAUUGGAUCAGCGAGAGAAGAGGGCCAGGGAAAGGGAAGAAGAGGGCACCCCUGGAGGAACCAAGGGCAGAAAAAGGAUGCGACCAAGCGUCAAUGUAUGAGUGAGGGUUGUGAGCUGGCAGUAGUACACCCUUGGCCGUUUCUUCGAGUCCAUUUUCGCUAUGACAUCGAAGCGAUCGAGGCAGGCAUUUUUGUAGUACCUUGUAAGACUAAAGUUGGCACAGAUCACCAGAGGACAUCAUCAGAUGGGAGGAAACGGUGUUUCGUCAAAAGUCGGGGUUUGCCAUUGGGUCAGGAAAUGCUCCAGGUUCAAAGGCGAUAUUUGGUGUACAUAGACAUAGCAUCGAUGUAAUCUGAGUAAUUUCGG